UCCCCAUUCGGAAUAGAAAUCAAGUCACCGAAACAAAGCAGCACUGUUGGACAAAUGGAGUCGAUGCUUGUCAUCAUACGCCUAGCAUUGUGCUUAUUGGCACUUUUUCCCAUCUCCUCUGGCUCUGGAAUCAACGUUUGGCCAAAACCAAGGACGUUCUCAUGGCCCAAUCCUCAGGCCACGCUGCUCUCACCUGCCUUCACUAUCGCUGCUCCCAACCACACGUUCCUCUCCUCCGCCGUCGAACGCUACCUCCACCUUGUCCACACCGAGCACCAUUUGCCCCUUGUCAACCCCUCCGUCAACCUCACCCCCUCCAAGCUUCCUCCUCUCCGCACCCUUUCCAUCGUCGUCUCCGACCUCAAAGCCCCGCUCCAACAUGGAGUGGAUGAGUCCUACAGCCUCUCUAUUCCUACUUCGGGGCCAGCUAAAUUGACAGCGAAUACCGCGUGGGGUGCCAUGAGGGGCCUCGAGACGUUCUCGCAGCUCGUCUGGAGCGAUCCCUCUGUGGUGGCGGUGGGCGUGUACGUUUGGGAUGCUCCGCUCUUUGGGCACCGAGGAGUUAUGCUGGAUACGUCUAGGAACUAUUACCCAGUGAAGGACAUAUUGAGGACGAUCGGGGCGAUGAGUGCCAAUAAGCUCAAUGUGUUCCAUUGGCACAUCACGGAUUCCCAUUCGUUCCCGCUGGUGCUGCCGUCGGAACCUGAUCUGGCGGCCAAGGGGUCUUAUGGCCCUGAUAUGCAGUACUCCCCCAAUGAUAUAAAGACGAUUGUGCAGUUUGGUUUGGAGCACGGAGUUAGAGUUAUCCCGGAGAUCGAUUCCCCUGGCCAUACUGGAUCGUGGGCGGAAGCUUACCCGGAGAUUGUGGCAUGUGCAAACAUGUUCUGGUGGCCCGCAGGAAGCGAGUGGGCAGACCGGCUUGCCUCUGAACCAGGAACCGGCCAUUUGAACCCCUUGAACCCCAAGACUUACCAAGUCCUGAAAAACGUCAUCCACGAUGUGGCCUCCUUAUUCCCAGAACCAUUCUUCCACUCCGGGGCAGAUGAGAUCAUUCCUGGUUGUUGGAAAGCCGAUCCAGCCAUCCAAUCCUUCCUCUCAAAUGGUGGAACUCUCAGUCAGCUCCUGGAGAUCUUUGUCAACUCAACUCUCCCUUAUAUUCUAUCCCUUAACCGAACCGUGGUCUAUUGGGAGGAUGUUCUGCUUGAUGAAAAUAUCAAGGUCCCAACAACAGUUCUUCCAAAAGAGCAUACAAUUUUACAAACAUGGAAUAAUGGCCCCAACAAUACCAAGCGGAUUGUUUCUUCUGGGUACAAGACCAUUGUGUCAUCUUCAGACUUCUAUUAUCUGGAUUGUGGGCAUGGUUCAUUUCUGGGGAAUGACAGCCAAUAUGAUCAAGAAGGAGCUGGUGCUAAUUCUGGAAAUGGUGGCUCAUGGUGUGGACCUUUCAAGACAUGGCAAACCAUAUACAACUAUGAUAUAACGUAUGGGUUGAGCAAGGAGGAGGCCAAACUUGUGUUAGGUGGGGAGGUGGCACUGUGGUCCGAGCAAGCAGAUCCUACGGUUUUAGAUGCAAGGAUUUGGCCUAGAACUUCAGCAAUGGCGGAGACACUCUGGUCUGGUAACCGGGAUAAGAUGGGUAUGAAGAGGUAUGCAGGGGCAACAGAUAGGUUGAACGAGUGGAGGUAUAGAAUGGUGCGAAGAGGUGUCGAAGCUGAACCACUUCAGCCACUUUGGUGCGUUAGAAACCCUGGAAUGUGCAACACGGUUCAAGCCUCGGCCUCCUAACUGGCUAUUUCUUUCUUGUAUGUCAAAAAUGUCAACGACCUUGCAUCUAUUUCUUGGUCAAGAUAGAUGAAAAGAAAACCCAAAUCUUUUAAUCGAUUUAUUUCUUCAGUUUCUUCAAUCUACAGUGGACAACAAGCUCCAAUUUGUGGCAUUCAAAAGGUAUACCGAGGGAAUUAUUUUGUAACGUUGCCCAUAAUAUUUACUAAGGAGAUCAUUUUGAA